AUGGAUGAUUGCAAACCAGUUCAGACACCUAUGGCCACCACUGCUUCUUCAUCAUCAGGGGGUGCUCUCAUGACUGACCCCACCCCAUAUUGGUCUAUCGUUGGUGCCCUAUAUUAUGCCACCCUCAUGCGCCCUGACAUUGCCUUCUAUGUCAACUGUGCUUGCCAACAUAUGCAUGAGCCAACUGAGGAGCACUGGGCUUUGGUGAAGAGGAUCCUGCACUACAUGAAGCAUACCAGAUUCCAUGGCCUACUCCUUGAACGCUCUCCCAAUGUCACCCUGCAGGCGUUCUCUGAUGCAGAUUGGGUAGGAAGCAGCCUUGAUCGUCAUUCCACAGGGGACUUUGCCAUUUUUCUUGGCCCUAAUCUUAUCUCCUAG